UCCGAAAGUUUUCCGACAUACAGAUCCGGUGUCAAACCGGUUCUCGCUUCCUUUCGGCAUAUGCUUUUCUUGUUCCGUUCUCCUUCGCUAGGGUUUCUGUUCCCAAUCUCCUAUCCCCCAGUUUUUGGCGGAGAUGAAGCUUACGGUGAAAACGCUGAGGGGAAGUCACUUUGAGAUCCAGGUUCAUCCUAAUGAUACGGUCAUGGCCGUCAAAAAGAAUAUUGAAGAAGUUCAAGGAAAGGAUAACUAUCCAUGGGGACAACAAUUAUUGAUUCACAAUGGAAAAGUAUUGAAAGAUGAAACCACUCUUGAAGAGAACAAAGUUAGUGAAGAUGGUUUUCUUGUUGUCAUGCUUAGCAAGAGCAAAACUGGUAGCACAACAGGAGGAUCGUCUACUGUUCAGCCUUCAACAACUGCUCCGCCGCCUCAACAACCUCAAGUCUCUGCUCCACCGCCUCAACAGCCUCAAGUUCCUGCUCCAACUGCUCAACAGCUUUUAGCAGCCACACAAAGUUCUGCCCCUGCUCCACCCCCUCCUGAGACGACUCGCUCACUGGUUAUGCCAACAGCUGAUGCUUAUGAUCAAGCAGCUUCAAAUUUGGUUGCAGGGAGUGAUAUUGAAUCUACUGUCCAGCAGUUGCUAGAAAUGGGUGGUGGAAACUGGGACAGGGAUACAGUUUUACGUGCACUUCGUGCAGCUUACAACAACCCAGAGCGUGCUGUUGAUUAUUUAUACUCUGGCAUUCCUCCUUCAGCAGAAGUUGCUGUUCCAGUAGCUCAUUUCCCUUCGAGUCAAGCUGCCGCCCAGGAUACGAAUUUGGGAGAACCAGCUACAACAGAGACAGUGCUUUCAUCCGGGUCACCAAAUUCUGCUCCUUUAGACAUGUUUCCACAGGGCAAUCCAGGUUUAGGCGAAGGUGCUGGGUCUCUUGACUUCUUGAGGAACAACCAACAGUUCCAGGCUUUGCGGGCAAUGGUACAAGCAAACCCGCAAAUUUUACAGCCAAUGCUUCAAGAACUAAGUAAGCAGAACCCGCAACUUCUAAGACUUAUCCAGGAGCAUCAUGCUGAGUUUCUGCAGUUAAUUAAUGAACCUGUGGAUCUUGAAGGAGAUCUCUUUGGUCAAGAAGAGGAGGAGAUGCCACAUGCUAUUAGCGUUACAGCUGAAGAGCAGAAUGCUAUUGCUCGGCUCGAGGCGAUGGGGUUUGAUCGGGCACGUGUGAUAGAAGCAUUUUUAGCUUGUGACAGGAAUGAGGAGCUGGCUGCUAAUUACCUAUUAGAGCAUGCAGGCGAUGAAGAUUGAAGGGGAAAUUAAUUUUCAAAACGUUGAACUUUCAAUCUCUUCUCCUGAACUUCAGAGCUUCAGGGUUUACAACUCGAGUCUAUUUUUAUUUUUUCCGAUCGAAGAACUGACAUAUAGUAGUCACAAGUUAUUUAUUUAAUUUUUUUAAGAAAUAUUUUAAAACUUGGAUCGAAGGUUUAUUUUUUCUGAAAUAUUGGAAGUUCCUCGAAUUUAGAAUGAUUAAACUUGUAAUGUUAUAAUGGAAUUCAGCUGACUUGGAUUGUAAGUGUAUUUUUUGUUCA